AUGAAGAAAAGCAGCCAGAGCAGAAGGGGCGUUCAGGACUCGGGUCAGCCGGCAGUCCAGCAGCCGGACAAGUUCGGCUGGAUCAGGAAGUUCUGCGGUCGAGGGAUCUUCAGAGAACUGUGGAGGACCCGAUAUGUGGUGCUGAGAGGAGACCACCUCUACAUCUCUGACAAGGAGGUGAAAGAUGAGCGUAAAGCACAGGAGGUGUUCGACCUGGCUGAUUACGAGCGUUCGGAGGAGCUGAGGAAAGCAAAAAGUCGCAGCAAGAAAAACCACAGCCGCUUCACUGUGCUGCGCUGCAGACAGCCGGGGAACACCGUUCCCAACCUCGUGUUUCUAGCGGUGAGUCCCGAGGAAAAGGAAUCAUGGGUCAACGCUCUCAACGUGGCAAUCAUCAAAGCCAAGAACAGGGUUUUAGAUGAGGUGACCAUUGAGGAGGAUAGUGCGCUGGUUCAUCCCACCAGAGACCGAGCAAAAAUCCCUCAUGGCCGCCGACUGCCGACCAGAGGACACCUCAUGGCCGUGGCCUCCACCUCCUCCCAUGGCAUGUUGACCCUUGACCUGGUGGCUGAGGAGGAUGGUUUCUCUCCAGACUAUGAUGGCGACUCUCGGGAAUCCUGGGAGAACAGCUUCCGGGUCGACCUGCAGGGGGAGGGUUCUUGUGGACAGGUCGCAGUUUUAGGAUCUCGGGGUGUUGGGGGUCGUCAGCGGGCCGGCACCGAUGUCUCAAAGCUCAGGGUGACCUCGAAGGACACUAAGGUGAAGACUGGCAGUCUGCCCAGGGGGAGUGAGCGGUCUUGGGGUAAACAGUCCAACCCGGAGGCCUCCAUGGUCCACAAGACCCAGCAGGCGCAGGUCCUCCAGGCCCAGUCUCAAACGCCACAGCCUGGGAAGAGGUUCGGCAUGCAGGGCCGGAGUCGCUGUGCCUCCAUGGAUGAAGUCCUCUCCUCCAGACCGGCGAUGAUUCGUUCGGAGUUGCGGUCUGCUCUUCGUCGUUGUCCGACCGAAGAGGAGGCGGGCGGUGCGGCUUCGGUGCAGCCGGUGGGUCAGCUGCAGAGCCUCAUCGCCCAAAGGAUGCAAAGAGCUCAGGAGCUGCUGGAGGAGAUGAGACUGCAGGAGUUGCAGAAAGCCAAAGCAGAGCGAGAGCGAGGAGGCGGCUCACCAUACCUUAAGGGCAUCGACUCCCCUCGACUCCAUCACCUCAAGGGCUCCGACUCGCCUAACUCCAGUAGGUCUUCAGGAUCUCCAAGGAGCAGGAGCAGCGACUCUCCUCGCCUCCGGGGAAAAGACUCUCCUCGCCUGAGAGGGAGAGAGUCUCCUCGAUCCAAAGCCAAGAAGAAUCGCUCCAAAGGGACCGACUCGCCUCGCGCCAGAGGAUCCAAUUCACCUGCCGCUAAAGCAAACGACUCUCCUCAACUGAAAGAUUCACCUCGACUGACGGCCACCAACUCUCCACGAUCAAAGAGCUCUGACACAGUCUGUUCACCAAAACUCAUGAGAUCGUCCAGCUCCUCUGGUCCCAACAAGGACUACUCUCCUGUACAGAAGUCGCCCGAAUCGCCUCCACGCAUCAGAGGACCCGACUCCUCUCAGGUUAAAGGAUCUGAUUCACCACGAGGCAGCGAAACUGACUCCCCUUGUCUGGGGAGCAGCAAGGAGUCACCCUGUGCGAGUCAGAAGAACUCCCCGAGUUUCUCUGGAUCCCUCGAGUCCUCUCAGCCCAAAUCCCCCGACAAACACCGCCUGUCCCCACCUCCGCCAUCCUCACCUCCCCCCAUGCUGUCAGAGGAGGACCUGGAGGUGGACAGGAGGCGUGCCGAGGCGGAGCGCCUCCUGGAGGAGGCCGUGUCAUCGUGGAAGGAGGCGCAGGAAGUGCUGCAGGAAGUGAAGGAGCUGCAGAGCCAGACGCUGCGGCGACAGCGCAGGAGGACCUACGAAAAGAUGACACCGACAGCUGCGGCGGCCGGGUUGCCCACGGCGUCCAUGGCAACAGACGAGGACGACACGCCCGCCUCACCGACAUCACCUGAGGAGGAUGAUGAGUCGGAGACACCUUGACCCGGAUUUUUUUCUGACAGAUGUUUACGGAAUUAUUGAAUUUUCCUAAUGAAAGUGGCAACGUUUUUCGGCAAGCUUACGCACAAACAGGAUUUGAAAAAUUUAGAGUUUUUAAUUCUAUCCCUCAAAUGUUUUUCAUCUUUUUAAUGCAGGGAUGGUGGGAUGCACAUGAACACUAAUGCAAAUGUGGAUUAUUUUGAAACCAGCAAUCUACAGUUCUUCCCAGGGGGUUUAAUGACUUUAAUCCUCCAUAGAGCACUAGACUGUCACCAGUCAGACGCCCUCUCACUUCUGCUGCCCAAUUUUAUUCCACAAAGUCUCUUUGUGUGACAAAUGUGUCACAUUUAAUUUGAGUAAGUACAGUUUUAAUGGAGAGGCAACCCCCCUUCACCUUCUCUAAUGGUGCUGCACGUUUUCCUUUGUCUUUUUUUGCUGAAAGUGAAGUGAAAAGCCUCUCUGUUGAUUUUGAAGACAAUUUUUUCCCCCAUGAGUUUUUGGUAAGAGAUAUUUGGGGUUUUCAAGGAGAAAAAAAAAGACAGUUUGUCAUUCAAAGACAUUUUUUUCCAAGCGAAGAUGUCAACAUUUUUACAAUGGGAAUCUUUUUCAAUGA